GAUUCCCGAUCUAAGAGAUCUGAGCACGGUCAACGCACAGCCGAACUUCACGUUCCUCAGCAUCUCGGGCGUGCUCAGCAACGCUCUAUUUGCUUACCCCGCACCCACCGCGCUUCAGAAGCUGCGGUAUCUGGAGCUGGUGAACUGCUACGUGGGGGCGAUUUAUCCUUUCUAUACAAUCUCUACUCGUUGGAGCACUUGCGGUUGUCGAACGUGCAGUCGCCGGAUCUGCGCGCGCUGGCGGCCCUGA